AUGACCGAAGUACUGUCUUUCGCUACUCGAGAUAUGGAAACCGUGAGUGCUUCUCUUCAUCCUCACAUAAGUCUCCAGAGGCCCUUCAGGAAUAGCGGAGGCUUUACCCUGGCAUCAGACGGGAGACAAUCUCCUAGCCCCUUUAGGUCGGGCUCGGGGAGAAAAAGGGCGUCGGCCAUCAACACUGCGGAUGCCAACCACGGCAUGUUUGAGCCACUCAAUGUUGGUGCUUCUAGUCAAGAUGGCCCCCGCGAUAUAAUAUGUCUGUGUACCCCGGCACCCAAGAUACCCAGACCAAGAAAUGCAUUCAUUUUGUAUCGCCAACACCAUCAGUCACAAGUCACCGCCGAAAACCCCAAGCUUUCGAAUCCAGAAAUAUCCAAAAUUAUUGGAGACAAGUGGAAACACGAAAGUGAAGAUGUCAAGGACAACUGGAAGAAGCUGGCUGAAGAGGAGAAGCAGCGCCACCAGCAUCAGUAUCCAAAUUACCGAUACCAGCCUCGAAGGAGUGCCAAGAAUCAAAGCACCUGGACGAGCACAUCACCAUCGGAUGAGCAUGGUCGAUGCCCGAAAUGCCAUGGCCGUUCCAUUUCAACACCAAGGACACCUUCGACGCCGUAUUCAACCUCACCAGCUGGAAAUUUCACACUGGCGUCCCAGCCUCAGCCAGGGUUAAGGCGGCCAGACACGGCUGCCUUGUCUCGUCGAUCGAGCUUUGAGCAAUCCCCGACCAGUGGGCUGCCGUUCACCCACCAGCUGCCGCCUGUUCGGGACGUUGAAAAAAGUGAGCCGAGUUCUCCUGAGAUCAAACGGCGACGUGCGAAUGGUGUAGGCGGGUACCAUGUCAUCGCUGGAACAGCCGGGGCAUACACUACCAGACCACCUGCACCCCCGGAUUUGAGCCGCACACUGCCGGAGGGCACUACUGGUCGGGUGAGGCAUUACGUCGGGACGACAUUGCCAGACCUGGCCAGCCUUCCGAGGUCACAGAGCGGUCCUAUGCCACCGCCUCUGCGGCCUCCAGGGUCCUACAAUGAGCCUCUGGGUCGUCGACACAGUGGCUUUGACGAAUCUCUUCGGUUGCCGCCCCUUCAAACGUCAAUUCCUCCCUCGCCUUCGAGGUCGCCAGGGGUGGAAAGUAGGCAUGCAGACAUACCGUCAGCGAGAUUAAAUGUCUCACCGACGAGGAAGCCACACUCGAUCAGCCAAGAGACAAUGGCGAUGAAGAAACCAAACUUGAGCCAGAAGCUAGGCAUUUUGUCCACCAUUACACGGGUGUUGCCUCCAGAAGGUCAGCAUGGGCCACAUCGUGACAGGCGAGGGGUGUUCAUCGCCGUUGAAGGCAACGCAAGCAAAGGGCUUCUUGAUGAGGUUGGUGUGUCUAUAGAGAAAGCCUUGGCGGCAGGCGGAGAUGUGGCCCUUAAAGUAUGGUCAAAUGAAGCUGGUCUGGCGGAAGGGAGAUCGACUAAGACCUCUGCUGAAACUGAUCAAGGGAAUGAUGGUGCUGCCGUGGACAGUCUGCUCUCAGAAUACUUUGAUACCAUUUUAUCUUGGCGGCAAAAGUCAAAGCAGAUUGCCUAUCACGUCACAGGCGGACGUGCUGGAGGCACUAUUCAAGACCAAGACCAGGAGAAGGAUUCAAAGGUGGUGCAAGCUCCGUUGACUGAGGUAUGCACUCCGCCAGAUGAUGGGAGACGUCCAACGGCUGCGCCAAAAAUGCCGGUUGCUUUGGUGAAGGGUGGUUUCAGUCUGACCAUUUCAGACAAGUAUGCUUCUGCCAUGACCAUGUCGGACAGAUACAGCCCUGUAGACCAUUGGCAAUGGACGGCCAGUCUUUGGCGGGGAACUGCCAAUCCUGAUCUGGUUGUGCAUAUACAAGAAAGUCAGGACGAUGCUGCCAAGCCAGGCGUUGUCGACAUCUCGAGAAAUAUGGGACUGAUCUCUGUAAGAGUAUUGACCGGGCAAGGCUUGGAUGAAGCAACAGAGCGCAGGAUGGCCUUUGAGGUGAUGGAAUGGAUGAGGGAGGCCUUCUCCCGAGACUGA